AACCAAAAUUAUUGUAUAACAAACAAAUUAAAAAAGAAAAAAUUAGCUAAAAUACCAAAAAAAUAUUGCAAAACAAUACAUAACAACAAAUGGCUUUAAAAUUGAUGGGAACACUAUUGAUUCGCACCCAGCAAAAACCGAUCAUACAGUUGUGUACCAGAACUUGUUACGAUAGUGUGCGUUCUUAUCACAGUGCAAAGUCUCCUGUUAUACCCAAAAUGCGUUUUGUACAAUUCUUACGUAAAAAUGAUGAACGUAUGCGUUUGGGCGUUGUAUCCGAGGAUGGUACUAAGAUUGUAGAACUAUCGGGCGGAUCGUGUGUCUCCAAUGACAUGAGAACAUUUAUUUCGCAAAAUUAUCCAUUGUCGGAGUUGCAAAAGAAAUUGGAAAGUGCUAAAACUGAAGAAAUGAACGAUAGUUUCACUUUGUUGCCUCCUGUAACAAAUCCAGAUAAGAUUAUUUGUAUUGGCUUGAAUUACAAAGAUCAUUGCGAAGAACAGAAUAAGCAGCCACCUAAGGAACCCAUGUUCUUUAGCAAGUACAAUAACGCAUUGACGGGACCUUUGGGAAAUGUUAUUGCAAAUAAAAUAACCAAUAAACUGGAUUGGGAAGUAGAAUUGGCCGUAAUUAUUGGUAAAAAAUGUAAAGAUGUUAAACCUGAACAAGCCAUGGACUAUGUUUUUGGUUACAGCGUUGCUCAGGAUAUAUCAGCUAGAGAUUGGCAAAAGGAGCGUAACGGCGGACAAUUCUUAAUUGGCAAAUCAAUGGAUACCUUUUUGCCCCUCGGACCAUCGAUCGUACACAAAAGCCUUAUCGCCGAUCCCCACGAUUUGCAAAUGACCUGCAAAAUUAAUGGCGUUGAGAAGCAAAAUGGCAUAAGCGGCAAUAUGAUCUUCAAAAUCGAUGACAUUAUCAGUCGCUUGUCGCAGAGCAUUACUUUAGUGCCUGGUGAUGUCAUUUUAACUGGUACUCCCAAGGGUGUUGGCAUGCACCGUAGUCCACCUGAGUACUUAAAACCUGGAGAUGUUAUUGAAAGUGAAAUUCAGUGUUUGGGAAAAAUUAUCAACAAAGUUGUGGCCCCUUAAACGAUUUUAUGUAUGUUCACUGGAAAUAUUUUAGUAACUUAAUGUUUGUUAAAUUUGUUGAAAUGUGCUUUGAUUAAUAAUUUUGUUUAAAAGUGAUAAAAAUGUGCAUUUAAAUAAUUGUUAAAAAAAAUUUUUAGUAGUAUAACGUCAAUGAUUUCUGUAUAAAUUACAUUUACUAAUUGAACAUUUAUUUUGUACUUUAAUAAAAAUUUGAGUUGGUUUAAA